GGAUGGAACACCAGAGAAGAGGCCAAUAGAUCUGGGUUUUGUCCAGGGGGCUCUGGGUUUAAAGCUCUCUAAAACCACUUGUAGCUCAUUUUCCCUGUGACUUGCCUGGGUACAACUUCAUUCUCUGCCCUGCAGAGACAAGCUGUUAAAAAUCUGAAAUUUUACUCAUCGGAUUCCUUCAGUUGCCUGACAGAUCCAGCCUGUCCUUGAGCAAAAAUGGAAGCUAUCAAGAAAAAGAUGCAGAUGUUGAAGUUAGACAAGGAGAAUGCCAUUGACAGAGCAGAGCAGGCUGAGACGGAUAAGAAGGCAGCUGAGGACAAAUGCAAGCAGGUAGAGGACGAGCUGGUAGCUCUGCAGAAGAAGUUGAAAGGAACUGAAGAUGAGCUGGAUAAAUACUCAGAGGCUCUCAAAGAUGCCCAAGAAAAACUGGAGCAGGCUGAGAAGAAGGCCACUGAUCCGCGUGACGUCACCGGGCCAUUGAAAGGCGCGGGCCCGCCACGUGCAGCGCCUCCGCGCCCAGCCCGCCGAACGCGCCCAUGGCCGCGCCGAGCUCCCUGGAAGCCGUCAAGAGGAAGAUCCAGUGCCUGCAGCAACAGGCGGAUGAGGCGGAGGAUCGCGCCCAGGUCCUCCAGCGGGAGCUGGACCUGGAACGGGACCUGCGGGAGAAAGCUGAAGGUGAGGUGGCAGCUCUGAACAGACGAAUCCAGCUCGUGGAAGAGGAGUUGGAUCGUGCCCAGGAACGACUGGCCACAGCCCUGCAGAAACUGGAGGAGGCUGAGAAAGCAGCAGAUGAGAGUGAGAGAGGAAUGAAGGUUAUUGAGAACAGAGCAAUGAAAGAUGAAGAGAAAAUGGAAAUUCAGGAAAUGCAGUUGAAGGAGGCCAAGCACAUUGCUGAAGAAGCUGACCGCAAGUAUGAGGAGGUUGCCCGUAAACUGGUUAUUUUGGAGGGUGAACUGGAAAGAGCUGAGGAGCGUGCAGAGGUGUCUGAAGUUAAAUGUAGUGACCUUGAAGAGGAGUUAAAGAACGUCACAAACAACCUGAAAUCUUUGGAAGCUCAAUCUGAAAAGUACUCGGAAAAAGAAGAUAAAUAUGAAGAAGAAAUCAAGAUUCUCUCCGACAAGCUGAAAGAAGCUGAAACUCGUGCGGAAUUUGCCGAGAGAACUGUUGCCAAACUGGAAAAGUCUAUUGACGACCUGGAAGAAAAACUUGCUCAAGCCAAGGAGGAGAACUUGGGCUUGCACCAGACACUGGACCAGACGCUAAAUGAACUGAACUGUAUAUGAGAGGUGCAGAGCUGACAGCAGCCAACAGCAACCAGCCCUGUCCCUGCAUCGCCCCUCUCUCCUUUCUCUCUCUGUAUCCUGGAAAAGCCAAUUAAGUUAUGACCAGCACAGCCACACGACGGGCUCUGGGCAGCCCCCGGGAGCCCCGACCCUGCCGGGGCUGCUGCGUGGCCCGUGCCUGGCUGUUCCUCACGGUUCCUUAGUCCUUCCAUAUAAAACCCCAGUAGAAGCCGCACCCGAGCGGUGGCGCCGCCUCCCCGGGCACCUGUCCCUGCCGUUUCAUAUUAAACAAUUUCUCACAGUC